GAAAAAAAUAAUCAAAUCAAAAUAGACAGUCACAUUUUCACAUUUUUCCAAAAAAUGGUCUUCACUGUGUGAAAACUUAAGAAAUUUUGGACUUUGCUAUUUGAAAUAGUAAAGGUUCGUCUUGCUUCAUUCAUAAGCAUAAGCACACGAUUUACAGAAAUGCAGUUGAUGAUAUGGAUGUAGAUUCUGAUAACACAGUUGUAAUCGAAAAUUCUUCCAAUAGUGCCCCUCAACAAGAAAGUGAACACUCCUCAGCAGACGAUGUAGAGUUCAUUGAUGUUAUUCCUAAUGCAUCACCAACUGUCUCAAUUUCAGAGGAACCAAAGGUAGAUGAACACAAUGAUGAAGUCUCUCAGAAGUCUCAGACAAACGAGAAUAGUGCAAACAACUAUGAAGAGGAUGGUGCCUUGUGUCCUAUAUGCUUUGAUAGCUGGACAAACACUGGGGACCACAGAAUUUGUGCUCUGAAAUGUGGUCAUCUCUUUGGCUACAAUUGUAUAAAUCGCUGGCUUGAUAGUCAACAGAAAAGGUCAUGUCCAACCUGUAAAAAAAAGGUCAACAAAACUGAUAUAAGGUUUAUUUAUGCCAAGAAGCUUGUAGCAGUUGACACCAGUGAGAUAGACAUGAUGAAGAAUCAGUUGGAUUUAUUAAUUGAAGAAAAAAAUAAGAUGUCACUAGAACUCUCCAAGUAUGUAUGUAGGGAACAUGUUUUGAACCAAGAAAUAUUAGAUCUCAGGAGACAUAUUCAGGUGCUCAGCACAAAUAGCAGGGUGGAUCAGCAGCCAUCUCACAAUAAUAGAACCAGUGCAACCACUUCUUCUGUUAGACUGUUCAUGGACAAAUCAUUGGAAAUAUGUAGGCAAAAUAGUAGUAGAGUUUUUGAUACUAGUGCUGCUCUUGAUUUGAUUGUGGCAUCUGCCAAGUCUCCAAACAAUCUAUUCAGUGGAUUUGGUAUUAGAAAAUUCAAUAUGAGUCAAUAUAGACCUCUAGCUUUCAUCCCAUUACACAACCAACAGAUCAGGGAUAUUAGUUUCCAUCCUAUGAAUAAUAAUUGUGUUUUGACUGCAUCAAUGGACAAAUCAUUCAAAGUAAUUGAUACUGUGAGUAAUACUGUGACAUUUACUACUUCACAAGCAAUGCCUCUCUGGUCAUGCUGUUGGGAUAGGGACAACCCUUACAUGUUAUAUAUUGGCACCCAGUCAGGAGAUGUGGUGAAAUAUGAUGUACGUGUAGCAACCAACUCUGUUUGCACUUUUUCUGUACCUGGUGAUAUGUCUCCAGUAGUUUCAGUUGCCUCAGUUCCUCUACAACCAGGCAAUCAUUUGGUGAUAUCAUGUAAACUGAACUCCAUAUGGAUUUUUCAAAAUAAUGGAAGUAAUUCUGAAAGUGAUGUUCACAGGCAUUCUCUUGCUGUGGAGGGUCCAUUUGUCAGUAUGAAAUAUAAUAGUGAUAUUCAGCAGUUGCUAAUUUCUUCCAGACCUAAUAACAGGAUACCUUAUUCUAGGCAUUCUCUGUGCACAUUAGAAAAAACAAGUACUGAGCAAAUUUACUGUAACUUAAUUCACAGCUUUCAGGGAGGUGGGAUGCAAAAGUUACUAAGUAAAUCUUGUUUUGUGAGAGAUCAGCAGGAAUAUGUAGCUGCUUAUCAAGAGUCCAGUAAAUGUGUUCAUUUGUGGAGCAUAAAUACUGGUCAGAGAAUUCAUUCCAUUCCUGCUCAUGAUGCUGUUCUAGAUUUGGGAGGUGUCCAGACUCAAAGUGGUAACUUUUUAGUUUCUUUGACUGAGAAAAAACUAGAAUUUUUCAAAUUCAAUUGAAAAAAUGGCUUGUACUUGGGACCAUUAUAUUUUUAUACUCAAAUUCCUACUUUUUAGAUGCAUUAUUAGAGGUGUGAUAUACUUUUCUUAUAUUCUAUUCAGAUUUCUUUUGAAAUGUAGCAUUUUUUCAUCCUUUCUAAUUGGACUACUUAUCUCAAUAUAAACUUAAUAUUAUGAUACAUUUGUAAAAUAGAACAUAUAGCAAUAAUACUGGCAGUACAAUAAUUAUUUACUAUGAAUGUUAAAUAAUGUUAGUGUUAGUUAAGGGUAACAAUAAUUCUAUCUGAAAGUUACCUUUAUUUAUUCUGAAACUGAAAAUUCAAAUUCAUAUGUACUUACAUCUUCCUCUAAUAUUGUAUACACUCUUUUUGCAAUAAUAUCCUAGCUAAACAUUAAAUCAAGACCUAUAUAC